CACACUCAAUCAUCGUGUAUGUUUGAGGCUUCGUGGAGAUCGUGUGAGAGAGAAAGCAGUUGAAAUGGAAAGGCAAAAGGGCGAUGAUUUUCAUUGUUCCUCUCGCCCCGGAGAGCAGACAGAAAGCAGAAAUGAGCCGCUUGCUAUGACCCAACCAUUAGCAUCCAAAAAGCCCAUCGAAAAGCAACACAACCGGCUGACAGGCAGCUCACCACUGCUCCAGAUGGCUUGUUGGUGGUAGCUAAGGACAGGAGGAGAGUAGCCCCAUACCUCGUCAGCAACAGUAGCGCUUCUGUACAGUCGAGUCGUGCACCUACUUGCUGCUGCUGCUCCUGCAUUAUUGCUUCCUUCCCUAACGUGCCUAGCUGUGCGCCCAUCUCCUCCUCCUAAUCACUCACGACUCACCUCGCUGCUUGCCUCCCUCUGGUUCUCCCCUCCAAACCAAACACACAACAAAACCCCACCUCCAGCUCCCGCCUGUUGGAUUUGAUACUUCCCCAUUCGAUUCCAUUCCACUCUGCCAAGGUUCCUACCAGCUGCCAUUUCUCCGGUUCUUCUUCUUGCCAUGACCAACACUGUGUGAUCUGAUCCGGGCGUGCCGGCCCUCACCAAGUCACCAUUGCUCCUGCACUGAUUCCUCGACCCGCCGCAAGAAGCGGAGGAGGGAUGGAGGGGAGGCCGACGCGGCGGCGCGGUACCGGCACCAGCCCCGGACGCAACAAGGUCUGGGUCGAGCCGCCGGGCAAGAGCAACAACCAAACCCUGGCGCGGUCGCCGCCUCCGCCCCCAGCACCGGCCGCGGCAAAGAGGGUGGCGGUGGUGUACUACCUCUGCCGCAACCGCCAUCUGGAGCACCCCCACUUCAUCGAGGUGCCGCUCGCCUCCCCGGAGGAAGGUCUCUACCUGCGAGAUGUGAUUAACCGCCUCAACGUGCUGCGGGGGAAGGGCAUGGCCGCCAUGUACUCCUGGUCCUGCAAAAGCAGGAGCUACAAGAACGGCUUCGUGUGGCACGACUUGUCCGACGAAGAUCUGGUGCUCCCUGCGCAGGGCAACGAGUACAUCCUCAAGGGCUCCGAGCUCCUUGACCGCUCGCCGCAGCCAGAUCGGCAGCAGAAUGGUGUUGGCAACCCAAAGGUUGAGAGUCUCAAGCAACCGAAGGAAGAGUCCCCUCAGUCGCGGGGUUCGCAAGAAGGAUGCUCGUCGUCAUCAUCUCCGUCUGCCGUUGUCAAAGAGGUCUCACCUCUGCCUCCUACUCCACGGCCGCAGCAACAGGCACAAUCGGCAUUGCUGCCGUCGUCAUCUGCUUCCACCAACCGCGAGGAUGAGCAAUGCCCGACUCCACAUUCAGGCUCAUCCGGAAACGUGUCUCCUGAACAGACAGGGAGAAAGGCUCCGUUAUCAGAGGCAAGCUCCCCAGGAUCUCUAGAGUAUAGAGUUUGCAAGCCCAUGGGAGCACAUGACGCGUCCACACAGACAGAUGAUACUGAGAGAAAUGUUCCUGAGAAGCACACUCGCAUGGCUGGGGUAUCUACAGAAGAUAGUACAUCCGAUGCUGAGAUUCAAGAAUGUCAUCAAAGGAACUCACCAAAGGGGCCUGAAAUUGUUCAAGAAUCGCCACAGGGGUGUUUGUUCGAUGCUUCUCCAGGUGGCAGAGUUGAGACCUUGGAGUCCCUGAUAAGAGCGGAAGCCAGUAGGAGAAGUGGCUUUAAGACACUGGAAGAGGAACAUAUGUAUGGCCCAAUGGGUGUGAAACUCAAACCAGCCAAUUUGCUAAUGCAGUUGAUCACCUGUGGGUCUAUUUCUGUGAAAGAUCACCGAGGCUUUGGGUUCAUCCCAACAUACAGGCCUCGGUUUACACAAGUUGAGUUCCCUUCGCCAGUGUUCUCUACACCUAUGGGAUUGCGGCACCUUGAUAAAAUGCCCUGUAAUGCAAGAACGAUUGGAAUGAGAGCUCCAGAGUCUGAAUAUUUCAGUGGGAGCUUGGUCGAGACCAAGAAACAGGACGAGUCCGGGAAAGGAAUGGGCACACUCAAACGCUCAUCAUCUUUUGACGAGGAUAGAGUUUAUAGAGCAUCACACUGCAAAAGUGAUACAGAAAGCUCGGUUGAGUCGGGCAGUUUCAGAUGUCUCCCACAGACUAUCAAAAUCAUAUCAUGUAACCAAUCGAGAAGUGGAACAAUACUCUCCCCAACCUCUGAUGUCCGGAAUAGCUCUAGUCAACAAGAAUAUAGCACUAGAUCCUCGCCGCUGGGUUCAUCAAAAAGUGCAAGCAAUAGGAUGACUGAUCCAUCAGUGGGUAAACUGUCAUCCUCGAGAGUGGAGUCGUUCCACAAGGAAAAGGAUGUGAUCAAGAUUGAAGAAAGCUUCCUUCUGGAGCUCGGGUUAUAAUCCAAUCUGCACCUUUGUGUGAAGAAAGUGAUGACAGCACUGAAUCACUGUAAGGAUCUGUGUUACAUAUAUUUUCCUUUUUAUUUUUUAUUUUGCUGUGAGCAAUCUUAAUUGGAGUUUGUGUGUGUGUGUCAUAGCUUUUGGAGUAGCAUCAAGUUAUUCAUUUUGUGACCUGUGUGAAUGUGGUAGUCAGUCAACGAUUUCUCACACCUUGAAGAAGAGAAGAAUUUAUUUU